AUGUCUCAACGAGAAAAUCGGCGUGCUAUGAUUCAACAGCAAAAUGAAGCCUCCGUGGGUGAAGGCUCGAGCACUGAUGGUGGAAUCUGCCUGUUCGUCGGACAGAAUACGUGCUUUCUGAUUGCUUCUGCGACAAGCUCAAGCCCUGAGACAUACGGAAUAGCUCUCGGACUGAUGAUAGAAAAGGGGCCAGUCUUGGCUUGCAGCCACCUGUGGCUGCGGCUGCAGCUCUUGAAAACAGAUUGCUGCGAGAGCUCUACGAGUGCUUCCAUAGUGCUCCAAGAAAGCGCUGGCCAGGUACCGGUACCACGUACGGUACCGGUAUAG